CUGGCAGGUGGUCCUGGCAGAACUUAUAAAAGGCGGCGGCGCCCCCACGGAGGCUCCGACGAUGCGACGACCACCAUGACGAUGGAGCGCACUUUGCGGCAACGCCUCUUCUUGGUCUUGAGCUUGUGUGUCCUCAAGGGAGACUGCAGAUAUAUCGAGGAUAAUGACGUCCUAAAGGAUGAAUUAUACUCCUUCUUCAACUCAGAGCUGCGCAGGGAGACACCCCAGGACUUGAUCCUGUACCGACGACCACUGCGUUGUGUGGACAUGGUGGCGGUGGAGGGUCGCUUCACCUUCACGGCCGAGCAUCCCCAGCUCAACUGCGCCGCCUUCUUCGCGGCCGAGCCCGACGAGGUCGUCAGCGUGGAGUAUGACAGCGUCGACGUCGACUGCCAGGCGGGGGACGUCAUCACGAUGUUUGACGGCUGGGUGAUGAAGGGCGAGAAGUUCCCCAGCUCGCAGGACCACCCGCUGUCCCCGCGCGAGCGCUACGUGGACUACUGUGACUCCGCCACUUCCGCCAGGAGUAGCGUGCGCUCCUCGCAGAACGUGGCCAUGAUCUUCUUCCGUGUGCACAACGCCGGCAGCAGCUUCACCGUGACGUUCAGGAAGCUCGCCAACCCUUUCCCUUGCAAUAUCAUCUCGCAGUCACCACAGGGCACUUUCACCAUGGUGAGCCCACAGCAGCAAAGGAACUGCAGCUUCUCCAUCGUCUACCCAGUUGAGGUCGACAUCUCCGAAUUUUCCUCGUUGGGGCUCCGCGGCAAUUUCCCGAAGUGGCCCACGUCCGGGUGCGCUUCCGACUCCGAGGACAUGGUGCAGCUUCUGGGGGGAAACGGUCUGGACACGUCCAAAAUGCUCCCCGUCACGGAGCUCUGCAGCUCCUCCGCUGGGUCAAGCCACGUGAAGGUGGGCUGCGACAACACGGUGGUGCGCAUGGUGUCCAGCGGCCGCUACGUCAACAGAGUGUCCUUCAGCUACCGCUUGCUGGACAGCCAGGAGCUGCAGAAGCUCCGCGUCAACAACGUGGAGGAUUUCUGCUUCGCCAACUGACCUCUCUCGUCUUGACGACCCCAAAGAUGAAACAUGAACGGGAAUAUCAACGAAGACGAGUUGUGUGUUAACCCCCCGCCCCCCCCCAAAAAAAUCUGUGCUGUUUGUUGAAUAAAGUUGUCGUCGCUGCC